CGCGGGAUGGGGAUGAACGCGGUGGGGGCGCCGCCCGAGGCGCGGGUCGGGGCGGUCAGGGAGCGGGAGAACACGCUGCUGUCGUUCGGCCGAGCCGCCGCGCAUGCCGCCGUCGCCUUCGUCGAGUUCGACGUCCAGGUUACAAAAGAUGGCUGCCCGAUAAUAUUCCAUGACGACUUCAUCCUAACACAAGAAAUUGGGGGUGUAAAUGAAAAGCGUGUUACUGAUCUUCUCUUGGAAGAAUUUCUUUCCUAUGGGCCACAAAAGAACUCCCGCAAGAUCUCCAAGCCACUGCUUAGACGGAACAAAGAUGGUAGAAUCCUUAAUUGGAGUGCAAAGGAAGAUGAUUCCCUUUGCACAUUGCAAGAAGUCUUUGAACAUGUCAGCCCUCGUCUAGGAUUUAACAUUGAACUAAAGUUUGAUGAUGAUAUCAUCUAUGAAAGGAGUCAACUUGACCGUGCCCUUCAAGCUGUGUUGCAGGUUGUUUUUCAGUAUGCGAGCAAUAGGCCUAUAUUCUUCUCAACCUUUCAUCCUGAUGCGGCACGGAUUAUGAGGAAACUUCAGAGCUCAUAUCCUGUACUCUUCUUAACAGAAGGAGGAACAGCUCAAUACAAUGAUUCAAGAAGGAACUCGCUUGAUGAAGCCAUCCGGGUAUGCCUAGAGUACGACUUGCAUGGACUUGUAUCAGAGGUAAGAGGGGUUUUCAGAAGUCCAUCUGCAGUCCUUAGAGCAAAAGAGUCCAACCUUGCACUUCUGACCUAUGGGCAGCUCAAUAAUGUAUGGGAGGCUGUGUAUAUCCAGUAUUUGAUGGGCGUAAAUGGCGUCAUUGUUGAUCUAGUGGAGGAGAUCUCAAAUGCAGUGUCAGAUUUCAGUAAACCAGUCCUCAAUCAGAGCAUGCUAGGGAGUGGUGUCAACUUGGUUGGUGCAAAGCAUCAGGCCUUUUCGGAGCAGCAGUUGGGUUUCUUGCUCCGGCUUAUACCUGAACUGAUCCAGCAACCACACUGAAAAUACGUACUAAUACACGCAAGAGGCGAUUUCAGUUGGCUGAGUUUUGAAGCAAAAUGUUUCAGGCUCUUGUCUUCAGUUGACUGUUGAGAUAAUUUUUUUUUUUUGAAAGAAGGCCACCGGUUUACCCCGGUGCGGUAUAUAUUAGGAGAGUAGAGAAAUAUACAAAGCACCGUACGACAAAACCGUGACGGUGUGAACAGUCUGGCAUUCUCGGCAAAAGUCCGAUAGGAGCGCCCAAACAAAAGAAAAGAAAGGAAAGAAACGCCCGUGCUCCAGCAGUUUUCAA